CUUGUCUGGAUUCACAUAUCCUUAACUUCCCCAACCUUGGAACCCACGUAAAACGUUACUGUACGGUCCAGUAUCUGCAUCAUGUUUUGGCGUUUCGGCUUUCAUCAUUCCGCGCUGGAUACCCUUCUCGCUCGAAUAGACAUCACGCUGGAAGAGGUUCUGGAUGAAGAAGAUUUUCUCCAAGAAGCAAAGUGUCACAACCAAAAGUUGCUGGAUUUUCUUUGCAAACCGGAGAAUCUAGCCACCAUUCUGAACUACAUUACGCAUCCGCCCGUUAUCGAGGAUCAUGAGGACAGUGACGAAACCGACGAAAAGAUGCUCAAAUAUCCAUUUCUCUGCAGCGAAUUGAUCGCUUGUGAAAAUGCUCAAAUCGUGGAUGCCAUCAUGAUCGAGCACAGAGAACUAUUGGAUCAGUUAUGGUCUUUCCUCGAUCAACCUGCCCCGCCAAAACGACGCUACGACGAUCCCGACGUACCCGAAGGCGAACAAACACUUGAUUCCAUUCAUGCAUCGUAUUUCUGCAAAGUGAUCAGUGUCCUGUUAACAAAACAGACCAGCGAAAUGCUUACAUUUAUCAAGUCCGAUCCUGAAAAUCUCCAAAAAAUUCUGAAUCACUUGAAAACAUCGGCCAUCUUGGAUUUACUAUUGACGCUUGUACGAUUGGAGGAAGUGGAUGAGGGAAAGGGCAUUGUAAAGUGGUUAAGCGAUCAGGGAUUGCUGGAGAACUUGGUGGAUCGCUUAGAUCCGUACUUGGACAGCGAGGAACAUGCGGUGGCUCAACAAUGUAUCUGCGAGAUUAUCCGUUUGUCUCAGACCAGCGUACCGGAAACCACGAGCAUUGGACUUAAUGAUUUGAUCAUGGAUCUGAAGAGUAAAAAGACAAUGACCAAGCUGGCGGACUUUAUGCUCGAUCCCAAAGCGCCCAAUGCCACUUCCUCGUUUAUUAAUGGUGUCACCAUCAUCAUCGAUUUGAUUCGCCACAAUAAUAGUGAUUCCGAUAAUGAUCCUACCGUGAAUGGAACUUACAAUUAUGGUUCAAGUCCCAUGAUGCGUGAGGCAGCCGUAUCCCUGGCGGAUAUGCUGGAAGUACUGGGUGGCCGGAUUGGUGAAAUUACGAAACUUCUCAUUUAUCCGAAAUCAGUGCGUGGGCCGAUGCGCACCUCGAUUGGUGAACGUAUGCCACUUGGAUUUGAACGCCUCAAGACGUGUGAACUGUUUGCGGAAAUCUUGCAUUGCUCCAAUAUGGCCAACGUAAACAAUGCUCCAUCCGACGAAUUAGAACAUGAUGUCGAUCAACAAUUUUCACCGGAUCUGCCGGCAGAUUCCGUCUCCACCUUGAAUGAUUCACAAACCAAACCAUCCGAUUCUGCCCCAUCGCUUACUGUGGACACGACGGCGAAUGCACAACAAGCAUCUUCCUCAGAACAAGACAAAAGUGGAGGACCCCUUUCCAUAGGUGACUAUGUCAAGAAACAGUUUGUCGAUAGUCGAGUGAUGCCCAUGUGUAUCGAUUUAUUUUUUGAUUUUCCAUGGAACAACUUCCUCCACUAUGUUAUUUACGAUAUGAUGCAUCAAAUAUUCAACGGACGAAUGGACAAGGAGUAUAACCGUCAAUUGGCGAUUUCCAUUUUGAAAGAUGGAAAGUUGACAACCAAAAUCGUGGAAGCUCAAAAGAAGAAUGAUGAAUCAUGUUCGAAACCCAACGGUAUUCGUUUAGGUUACAUGGGCCACUUGACAUUUAUCGCCGAUGAGAUUGUCAAAUUAUUUGAAGGGUAUCCUGAAUUGAUUGUGAAUGAAAUCAAGGAUGUCGUGGAUUUGGAAAGCUGGAACCAUUAUUGCAAUCACGAAUUGCAAGAAACAAGAGAACGCGAUCAGCUGCCACUUGCUGGUGGACGUCCCAACGAUGAAACCGACAUCACAGCAAGCGAAGAAGAAGAUGAUGAUGAUGAAGGCAUGGCCGAGGCUUCAGUCUCUACUCAUCAAUAUUCGCAAUUUAUCAAUCAUCGGGCGGAAACGGCCUUUGAUGACGACGACGAUGAAGAUGCCGAUCAUUGGAUCACCGGACGCAACGAUUUUGGACAUCAUUACUCUUACAGCAGUGGCUAUAAUGUUGUCCAUGAUACUUCCGGUGACCGGGAAGAUCCAGAUGGCAGCGAUGAGGAAGAGCCGGAGAAGGUGGCUGAUUGGACAAGAGGGUUCACGCAAUUUCCUCCUGCCAAUGCACUGCAACGUACGCAAAGCCAUAUUCGUGAAGACAACGAAGAUUACGAGGAUGACGAAGAUGAGUACGAUUAUGUGGCGGAUGUGAAUGAACGGGAACGAAGGGCAUCACUGAUGCGAAGUAAACACGACUUUUCAACUGACAAGCGCGAAGAAGAGGAAGAAGGAUUCGGUGAAUUCAGCGGGGCUACCUCUUCCAAUGCGUUUCACGAACCAUUGUGUAACCGGAUGGAAGACGUGAACCUGAAUAGCGUCUCCAGUCCGGGAACUGAUUCUGCCGCAGCAUCGAAUUCUUACGUUCGAGCAGUAAAAACCCGAGAAGAAGAGACGUAUGAGCAAAUGAAAGAAUACAGACCCGAGGACGAUGAACAAGAAGGCGAAAUCUAGUUACGAAUCAGCUAAUAAAUUCCUCUCCAAAGAAAAAAGAAAAAAAAACGAUAGCGAGCAUCGGGCAAGAGAAACACAACGGAAGUCUCUAAUUUUGGAAAUUCUUUUGUCGAUCCCAUUUGUGCCAACUGCCAUAUGCUCUUUUACUUACGAUCCUCAGCAGCCAACCAUGGGCUGACUGAAGAAACACUAAUGCCCUGCGAUAACAGCUUUUCCUUUCUUUUUUGCUUUUUUUUUUAUAAUAAUAAUAAUGUCUACUCUCUGUACAGUAUCAUGUUAUUGAAAUAAAUACUCGAUAAUGAAGCAGCAUCAUCA